AAGUUUUGUGUGCUGUAUACAAUCCAUCGCUACAGGAUAGUGUGUGUGGACUGCGGCAAGGAGCAUUGAAUGCACCGCAUUGGAGUAUGGAAUGAAUUGAAUUCACCUCUAUAAUAUCGGAAGAUGGGUAGACUAUGCAUUUGCAUGGAGUGCAGCGACUGAAUGCGGGAUUAAUUGCUUGUUGCAGACAUGACAGGUUGACAUGACUUGAGCCGAAAGUAGAGAACAUGAUAUGAAUUGGGUAUGCAUUUGAGCUGUCUGGUUUAUUAGGUUUUGUGCAAAGGUUGAUUUCCAUUUUAGCAGAGAUUACUGCUAGGCGAUGAAUUUUUUGGUGGGGUGAAACUGGCGAGAGACAUCUUUUGUAUUUCAUUCAUGCAUAUUUCAGUAUGGAAGCCCUUAUCCUCCAUGUGUGCGGCACUGAUAAUGGAUAAGAAGAACAGAAGAAAUGGCGGUGUUGUAGAGCCUUCCAGAGUGCCAUCUCUUCUGAGGCAGCUUCAUGAGAACAGGCUCAGGGAGGCUCUUGAAGAAGCAUCUGAGGACGGGUCUCUGGUGAAAUCACAGGAAGAUGAUGAUUAUGAGCAGGGCACUGAAGAUGGAAUUUUCCAAAGAUCCAGAUCGUUAGCUAGGCUCAAUGCACAGAGAGAUUUUCUGAGAGCCACUGCAAAAGCUGCAGAAAAGAUCUUUAGUGACGAAGCUUCUAUACCUGAGCUAGAUGAGGCAUAUGAUAAGUUUAAAGCCAUGUACCCCAAAUAUAGUAAUUCAUGGAAGGUAGAUGAGCUUAGGAUUGACGAGUAUGGACACCUUGAGGACUACAAUAAUGAUUACAAGAAGGUAUGUUUGGAUUACUGUGGAUUUGGGUUGUUUUCAUAUUAUCAGCAAUUGCAGUAUUGGGAAUCCUCCACAUUUAACCUGUCUGAGAUAUCUGUGAAUUUGAGCAAUCAUGCCUUGUAUGGAGGUGCAGAGAGGGGAACAGCGGAGUAUGAUAUAAAGCAUAGAAUUAUGGAGUAUCUGAAUAUUCCUGAGGCUGAAUACGGUAUGGUUUUCACUGUCAGCAGAGGUUCUGCCUUCAGAUUGCUUGCAGAGUCGUACCCUUUUCAGCAGAACCGAAGAUUGUUGACUAUGUAUGAUUAUGAAAGUGAAUCUGUGAAUUGGAUGGCCCAGACUGCGAGGAGCAAGGGUGCCAAAGCUGCGAGUGCCUGGUUCAGAUGGCCCACUCUCAGGCUCUGUUCCAAUGAACUUAGAAAGCAGUUACUGCAUAAGAAGAAAAAGAAGAAGGAUUCAGCUGUUGGGCUUUUUGUAUUUCCUGUGCAAUCCAGAGUAACAGGAGCCAAAUAUUCCUAUCAAUGGAUGUCAUUGGCACAACAGAAUGACUGGCACGUUUUGCUUGAUGCGGGGGCUUUGGGUCCUAAGGAUAUGGACUCUCUUGGCCUCUCUCUUUUCAGGCCAGAUUUUAUCAUCUCCUCCUUUUACAAGGUGUUCGGUUCAGACCCAACUGGAUUCGGCUGUCUUUUUAUUAAAAAAUCUGUAAUGGGCAAGCUUCAGCAUAAGGAAGGUGCUGCAGGACCUGGUAUGGUAAGGAUUAUUCCAGUCUUCCCUCAGUAUCUCAGUGACGAUGGAACAAUGGAUGGAACCAUAAUGGAAGAGGGGAGCAGUGUAAAGGAUAAGGAAGACCAAGAAGAGGAUGAUGAAUUUGUGCCUGAUGUUGUGGUGAAACUUAAAGGAUCUCAAUUGCCGGCCUUUUCAGGUGCAUAUUCUCUCUCUCAGGUUAGAGAAGUGUUUGAGUGUGAGAUGGAUCACGAGAACAGUUCAGAUAGAGAUGGAGCAAGUACCAUCUUUGAAGAGGUUGAAAGCGUUUCUGUUGGAGAACUUAUGAAGAGCCCUGUCUUCAGUGAGGAUGAGACAGACAACCUGUAUUGCAUUGAUUUGGGUCAGAGUCCUCUUUCACAGGAGAAUUCAGGUAAGCUCGGUUCACCCCGGCUUCCUUAUUGGUUUUCAAAUAAGAAGCACCUGAACAAAAUUAGGACACCAGAGAAUACCAUCCAUGAGGAUGAACAAAAUUAUUCUGUCUUAGAAAAGGAUCAAGUCAUUUCCUUUGACGCAGCAGUAUUAUCGGUUUCCCAGCCAGAUUCUACCAAAGUACCGGCUUCCUCCCCUAAAGCAGGUCUCGAAGGAGGAAUAGAAAUUGGUCAUUCUCUGGUUAAUACACCUGAGAAUCCCCAAACUAGACGUAGGCCUUUUCAGGACUCAGAAAUGAAUGGAAAUGGUAUUACAUAUUGUUCAAAAGAGAAUACUAACCUAGAGAAUUAUCUGGCAGAACAGGGGAGUUCAACUCCUUACAACAUGGCAGGCUCAAGCAAACUAAACCCAUCUGAGAAUGGAAGCUUGGUGGAUUGCCAGGCCAAGGAAAGUGCCAUAAGGCGUGAAACUGAAGGGGAGUUCAGGCUUUUAGGCAGGAGAGAGGCAGAUAGGUUUUCUGGUAGGCAUUUGUGUCUGGGGGAAAAUGGUCGAAUAAGUAGCAUGGCUAGAAAAGUUUCAUUUAGCAGUGAAAUAGAUAGAGAAGGGAAUGCUCAUUUUUCACCUAGUGGGGAAGAAUCCGGAAGCACACUUUUUAAAGAGGGGGAUGUUACAAGUGAUGCAGAAAUAACACAACAUCAGGAAUGGGCUAGAAGGGAGCCUGAAAUCUCUUGUAAGCAUCUUGACCAUGUGGACAUGAUGGGCCUCAAUAAAACUACCAUGAGACUAAGAUACCUCAUUAAUUGGCUUGUAACUUCCCUAUUACAACUUAGAUUUCCAGUAGCCAAUGGCAGGAUCCCUCUUGUGCAUAUCUAUGGACCCAAGAUCAAGUAUGAUCGAGGUGCAGCUCUUGCUUUUAAUUUGUAUGAUGUCAAUGGUACAUUGAUCAACCCAGAACUUGUACAGAAGCUAGCAGAAAAGAAUGACAUUUCACUUGGUCUGGGUUUUCUCAGUCAUCUAAGGUUUUCACAGAAUUACACAGAUCUGAAGGAUGCCUCAUAUUCUAGUAAUGAUUCUCUUUGUAAGCCUAUAGUGAAUGGGCGGUAUGACAGCAAGAAUGUAUUCGUGAGGGUUGAAGUUGUAACUGCUUCUCUUGGUUUUCUCUCGAAUUUCGAAGAUGUGUACAGGUUAUGGGCGUUUGUGGCAAAGUUUCUUAAUGCUGAUUUUGUCAAGGGAGACGUGUAUCAGAUAAAUUCUCAGCCCGGAUGAAACCAGUAGAAGGAAGCCAACUUGGAUGUUUCUCCUCCAGGUCCAGUUCAAUUGAUUUUGAUUGACAACUUUGCUGUACCAUUCAGUAUAGCAUUCAUGAUCGGCUAUUCUCAAGUUUAUUCAUGUAGAGGCAGAGGCGGUGGAAACAUAAGUGAAGUGCUAUUGGCUAUUCUCAAGUUUAUUCAUGUAGAGGCAGAGGUAGUGGCAAACAUAGCACUUGCACUGAAGGGCUAUUGGCUAUUUUCAAGUUUAUUCAUCUAGAAGCAGCAGAGGAAUCAACUCUUUUCUGAGUUAAUCUCUUCUUUUGGACCUAUUUUGGGGGAAGAUAGAGUAUGAAAAACACAGGACAUUAAGAUUGAUGAACUAGUUGUGUCCAAGGCUCGCUCUGAUAGUUUUGCCUCUUCACAGAGAGCCCCAAUUUUGGCCAAUUUGGAAAUUACUGGGGGCUCCUUGAUACAAGAUGCUUGGGACUUGGGAGGCCAGUAUUGAAAUUAAGCCCAUGACAUCGAUUGGUUUCUACAAACCCUAACCCAAUGAGAUGAUUGAGGUAAUUUUCUGCUGUAUGUGGUGAUUUUUGGGAAAAACAUAUAUGAUUGGCAUUUCGUAUGUUGAGUUCCCUUAACAGGCUAUAUAUUUUCUCAGUAGGUUUGCCCCUCUGUCAAUGAUUUUGAUAUUGUCGCCCUACAUGGAAGAUGGUUUGUCACACUUGUGUAAAGGAAAGGAUGUAGUUGGUUUGUAUUUUGGUUUUGCAAGGAUGUUGUAUAUGCAUAUUUUUGUCCAGAGGAAUUCUUUUAUGUAGGUAGGGAUUCUUGUAACCAAACCUCGAAUGUCCAUAAAAGCGAGGAUAAUCUUGGUCCGCAAAUUUAGGAUGAAAGAAAUUGUAAAGCAGUUCUUAUUUGCA